UGCAACCUUAAUAAUAUUCCCUGAGAUUUAGAUAUGUCUAUGUAACUAGCAAGCAGAUUGUCACCAUGCCACUGACAAAUGCUGAAAAGCAAAGAAUAUACAGGCAAAGACUAAAGGAGAAGGGGAGUUAUGAGGUCAAAGAAAAAGACUUAAAACGGAAUGUGUUUUAAAUCGCAGGCUAAAAUACAGAACAUGUCACGAGUCUGUUCAUCAUCUGCUGAAGAUGGAUCAAUAUGGGAGAUAUGAAAGCAGUGGGCAGCCAGAAGAACCUUUUGAUCCCUCACUGCAUUGGAGGCAGGUCAAAGAGGAAGCUGAUGAACUCCAGAUUUCAACUGUGCCAUUAAGAGUUGAAACAUCCCAGGUUUGUCAAAAUGAGGACCCGGAUGAACAAGAUACCUCCUUUGAUCCACUUUCAGUCAUCCAUGGAGUCACAGAUCAAGAGUGUGGACAUAAAAGCAUGACUUACCUCAAAGUAAAGGUGCUGCCUUCUCCAGUCCCAGUCAAAGAGGAGUCUGAAGAAUGCUCCCUUCUGCCAGUAGAUGAAGAGAAAGUUGCUUUAAUUACAGUUAAGGAAGAAGAGAAUGAAGACUGGUUGAAGUCAGAAGAUGAGGAUGUUGUGAAAGUGCCAGUGCCUUGGGAACCGUUGGAAACAUCAUCAUGUUCAGAUACAGAGGAUACAGAGGACAGUGAGAUGGAAAGUGAUCAUGUGCAGGACUGUGAAAACAAUGAGCAUGAUGUUUCAGGAGCAUUGAAGAUUGAAAAUUGCAGCAAGACAUCAUUGGAUCCAGGGAUGACACUAGAUACAGAUGAGAAAGCUAAUGCUGCUGAUUUCAGUGACUCUAAAAAGGGGUCCUCCUCCUUCUACCCAUGCCCUCAUUGUACGCUCGGUUUCACCAUAGAACGCUUUUUUCACGGGCACCUCAAGAGGGCCCACCCUGAAGAGUACAUCACUCUGCUAAAGUUUCGGAAGAUCAUAGCAACCCAAGCCACGUGCCCACAAUGUGGCAAGAGCUUCUCCAAUAAAUAUGUUAUGAAAACACAUCAGAAGAGUCACACAGGAGAGAAACCAUAUCACUGUGCAGACUGUGGGAAUAACUACGUCUUCGCUGAUUCACUAAAAAAACACAGAUGUGGGAAAGGAUUACGAAGACAAACCCAUCUGACCAGCUAUGAAAUGAUCCCCACAGUAGAGAGACCAUACACAUGCGUUCAGUGUGGAAAAGGAUACAGAUUUCAAACCCAACUGACUAGCCAUGAAAAGAGCCACACAGGAGAGAGACCAUAUAAAUGCUCUCAGUGUGGAAAAGAAUACAGAAGACCAGCCCAUCUAAAAAGACAUCAAAUGACCCACACUGAAGAGAGGCCAUUUGAUUGCCUCAGGUGUAAGAAGUCAUUCUACCGGCCGGAAACUCUAAAAGCACACCAGAAAACCCAUACAGGAGAAAAGCCUUAUCGGUGCUCUCUAUGUGACAAAUGUUUUGGCUUUUCCAGAGAUCUUAAGAGACAUCAGUUGACACAUACAAGGGAGACCCACACUGGACAGAGGUCCUAUGAUGUCCACGAGUGUAAGAAGUCCUCCGGCCAGCUGGAAAUUCUCAAUGCACACCAGAAAACACACAAAGUAGAAAAGCCUAAGCCUUAUCAGUGCUCUCAGUGUGACAAAUGUUUUGGCUUUUCCAGAGAUCUUAGAAGACAUCAGUUGACACAUACAGGGGAGAAACCGUUUAGUUGCCCCCAAUGUGAAAAAUGUUUCGGUAGGAAAUGGGAAUUGACGUACCACCAACGGACACACAGCGGAGAGAGGCCUUAUCACUGCUCUGAGUGUGGACAGAGCUUUAGCCUAAGGGGGAACUUUAAACGCCACCAGCAGAGCCACACAGGGAAGAAGACGUUUCACUGCACUCAGUGUGACAAGAGUUUCUUCAGAGCGGCUCACCUGAAAACCCAUCUCCUCAUUCACAAUAGAACCAAAACAGUGGUCUGCUCUAACUGUGGGAAAGGGUUCAACCAUGACGGGAACUUAAAACGUCACCAACGAUUCUGUAUGAAGACAGAGCAAAAUUGUAAUGCACCCCCAUCUGUAGAAGUACAGAUAUGAUAUAAUAAUGUAGUACAAUGCCAUCUAAUUAUAAGUCUGUUCUUCUUGGUACAUUUAUCUCUAGUUCAAAAUCAUUCAAGAGACAGGCCUUUUUGUUCUCUGACGACUGUAGGGGAGUAGGAUUCGCUGUCAUGUAUGCCCAUUAGGUGGCAGUAAAAUAGGAAAGUAUUUUUACAUGUAGUGGUACUUUUUACUUUUCGAUAUUCUGUAUGUGCAACCGCAAUAAUAUUAGCUGACCCUCCGAUACUCCUGAAAAUCAUCCAUGUAACUAGCUAAAGGUAAAGAUAUUUCUGAAUAUAUAUAUAUAUAUAUAUAUAUAU